CCUAUUAAAAACGUCACAGGCCACUCUUCAAACUCCGUCGUCCUCAACGUGCCAAGGCCAAUGUAGCUGCUCUAUAUAAAUGACGAUCGAUCAGUGAAAUGGAGAGGAUUUGUUGAACAAUUUUGUUUAUUGGUGGAAUUAGAUUGGUCAGUGUUGUGAGGAUAAACUACAGGCAGUAAUCAUUCUGGCUGAGAUAAAUAGCAAUUAGUCAUUUGGUUUCAUAAAUUUGUCGAGGAUGGUGAUGCCUGUUAAGUGUGGUUGUUCCUCUUGGUGGAGAAGGAAAGUUAAGGAAGACAAGAAAAGUACCACUCAAUGUAGUGAGAGUGUCAAGACUGUGCUACAUGUAGAGGUUAAGAAAUCUACAGAAAGUAAUAACUCGAUCCCGACUUCGCUAGCUGUUCCGGUUCCAUUUCCGUUUGUUGGGAGUUCCAGGUACAUGGUCGAGGUAACAAGCCACGACUCCAGUCCGAUUGCAGCCCACACGGAGGAGGAAGAAGAAGACGGAAAUCCGGUCCAUUUCUCCGAUGAUGACAAUAAUUUGAACGACACUAUUGUAAGCGAUCAUUUAAGUGAUCCGGGAGGUUGGAAAGCCGAGUUCUGGGCAUCCCCUGAGCUGAAGCGUUCUUGUUCUGAUCUCGCCUUGACAAGUAUGUACCAAGGACUCGAUGACGACGAAGAACUUCCAUACAAGGAAAAGAUGAGAUACACCAAAUUACACGGACCAAGAAUUCCAGUGGGCGAAGAUGCCACAAGUCCCGUCUCCAUAACAACUCGUUGCAGCGCCGAUAAUGUCAUUCUGAAGAAGCAUUCUUCGAGUCAGAUACUUCCUUCCCGGAGCCGGAAAUUGUGGUGGAAACUGUUCUUAUGGAGCCACCGGAACUUGCAUAAAAAGCCGCAACCGAUUCAAGUGAAGCCAUCCGCCCACGACCAGCAGGGCGGAUACCAUUCCGACUCUAUAGAGCCUACAAAAGCCGUGGAUUCGAGCACGUUGAGAGACAACGGCGAUGAUCACGGCCGGGGUUGGUUUUACAGAGGCUCGGAUGAAUGGCCACACAAUCAAUGGAUCGCUUUCCCGGCGAACUCUUCUUCGCCUUUAGAAAGAGUGAGCGAGUGGAUAGCCGAGAGCUCCAAACAUCCUCCAAGCCAAGGCGACGAUGAAAAUCCAAUCGAUCGUGGAAAUGAUACAUCGCUCAUAAGAGACUCGCAUCGCUCGGCUCAACUACCGGUCGAUGUUCUUCAUGCAAAUUACGUUAUCCGGUCUCUGAAUCACAACUCCUCUGUAGCUCAUAUGACUGGAAUUGGCCUAAAAGUUAUUCCCCAGAUCUCCCGUUUUGUCAGCCUUCGAGCAGUCCAUUUAUCCGGGAACUUCAUAGCUCAUAUAGCUCCAGGAUCUCUCCCAAAAGCUCUCCACAUUCUUAAUCUAUCCAAGAACAAGAUAGCCACCAUCGAAGGUCUCCGGGAGCUGACUCGCCUCCGUGUACUUGAUCUCAGUUACAAUCGUAUUUCCACCAUCGGUCAGGGGCUGUCGAACUGUGGGAUGAUCAAAGAGCUAAGUCUCGCCGGAAAUAAGAUCAGCAACGUCGAAGGACUCCACAGACUUCUGAAGCUCGCGGAGUUGGACCUGAGCUUUAACAGGAUAACGACGGCGAGAGCGUUGGGACAGCUCGUGGCUAACUACGGUUCUCUAAUAUCAGUGAACCUGUUAGGCAAUCCGAUCCAAAGCAACUCGAGCAACGAUCAGCUGCGAAGGGCCGUGUGCAGUCUUCUCCCGAAGCUAGCAUUGCUCAACCGGCAGCCGGUAAACGAUCAGAAGGCUCACGAAAUCGGGGCAGCUAAGGCUGUUCUUGGAAGCAACAACAGCAGCUGGAGUAUGCGGCGAGGAAAUUCCGGUGGCCGGAGAAGUAGCCGGCGCAGCAGCAGCCAUGGCGGAUCUUCGUCUUCUCCGGCGCUGAAGAGUAAAAGAAGGUUGAAAACUCAGGGUUCUCGCAGUGGCAUAAUGCAUCAAAGGGCAAGCCUUGAUAUCAAGUAAGAGUUGAUGUUAGAGUUUGCAACAACUUAAUCGAUUUGUAGGAACUGUUAAAUGUAAAUUGAAGUUGGUGUUUAGUUAUGUUUAUUUACAAAUAAAAUUAAUUAAUUUAAA